UCAAAUUCUUUCCGGGCUAAUUUGAGCCCAAGUCCAUACGUAUCUGUAUUUUCCAGCCCAACACCCUUAUUCCCCACUCUCACAAACCAUAGUCUGUUGUUAUGUUCUUACUUGUUUUGACUCACACAUCCUUCCCCAUUGAUGACUGAUUUGCGACAUUUUCCCCACGUUGUUUCGUUUGUUCUUUCUUGAUGUUCCUAACUUCAUUCUUAACUGAUUGAAUUAAUCAUCAAAGUUUCCAACUUUACCAAAAUGGUAUGGCUAAUUGCAUUCGCAUUGCUUCUUGGUGUUGUCAUCGCUCUUCUUCUUUUCAACCCAAGACACCACAAAUCUGGACAAAAUGGAAAAGCUGUUUCCACCUCAAACAAUGAUAAGACAUCAAAAUCCUAUAGUAAAAAUGAAGUCACAUUGCAUAACACAAGAACAGAUUGUUGGAUAAUCAUCAAGAACAAGGUAUACGAUGUCACCUCAUAUGUGGAAGAACAUCCUGGUGGUGAUGCCAUUCUAGCACAUGCUGGAGAUGAUUCAACCGAAGGAUUUUUCGGGCCACAGCACGCAACUCGAGUCUUUGACAUGAUUGAAGACUUCUACAUUGGAGACUUGGACCAAUAGCUAAAACUUCAUUCGGUCUUCCUAUCGCAAACUUAAGUUUAGGUCCAAAAGUUUCUAAGCGGUGUUGGCCGGAUUCGUUUGUAAGUUUCCAGUUUCUAAGCGGUGUUGGAUAAUCGUAGGAUAUGUAAUUCAACAGUUUGAUUAUUACAUUUCUUGUUGCCAAUUUUUGCACUCUAUCAUUUAUCUUCAUUAGACAGUAUUUAAGCUGUUACUAUAUGAAAUCAUAGGAUCCCGUCA